AUGUCUUUGAAUUACAUUAGGAAUUUCUAUGAAGGAUGUCUCAGGCCCCCGACGGUGAUCGGCCAGUUCCACACCCUGUUCUUUGGCUCCGUGCGAAUGUUUUUCCUGGGGGUGUUGGGCUUCGCCGUCUAUGGGAAUGAAGCCCUGCACUUCAGUUGUGACCCCGACAGGAGGGAGCUGAACCUCUUCUGCUACAACCAGUUCCGGCCCAUCACGCCGCAGGUGUUCUGGGCUUUGCAGCUUGUCUCCGUCUUGGUUCCUGGUGCAGUAUUCCAUCUCCAUGCUGCUUGUCGUAACAUCGACCAGGAGUUGAUCCUUCAGAGACCCUCAUUCACUGUCUUCUACAUCAUUUCUGUCCUGUCCAGGAUCAACAUGGAGACUGUGGCCUUCUGGUUGCAGAGUCACCUCUUUGGGUUCCAGGUUCACCCGAUCUUCAAGUGUAACGCCACGUCCCUCGAUAAGCGUUUCAACAUCACCAAGUGCAUGGUCCCCGAGCACUUUGAGAAGACCAUCUUCCUGAGUGCCAUGUACAUCUUCACUGCCAUCACUGUGCUACUGUGCAUUGCUGAAGUCUUUGAGAUACUCUGCAGAAGGUUGGGCUAUCUGUCCACUCAAUAA